AUGGCUAUCUUCAAUGGAACAGAGGAGCCGACACCUACCGUCACUUCAGAAGGUUUGGUGAAACCAUACCCUUUCUUCUCUCAACCUCUCAAAACAAUCAAGUCUGUCGCGACGGAUGUCGAUCUAGUCAAGCAGUUGAGACAAGCAAUCGUUAGCCAAGCUGGAUCGAAUUCAGGACUUAAACAACCUCAGGUCUUCGGGAGGAGCGAUGAAGAAUUCGUCGCCGCUUCUUCCAUCUUCAAUGGCGCUGUCAAAAGUCCAGCUUUAGCACUGGUCAAACCUACUGAUGCCAAAGAUGUCAGCCGAACCAUCAUAUUCUGUCGCGAGCAUGAUCUCGAAUUAAGUGUCAAAGCAGGUGGUAAUGGUGUACAUGGAUGGAGUGUUGCUGGACAUGUCAUUCUGGAUUUAUCGCUCUUGACCGAAAUCAAUAUCGCCCUUCCUGAAUCUAGCGCUCCAACUCUACAAGAGUCAUUUGAAAGUCUACAAAUACGCCGUGGUUCAGCCUCAUCUGACGGUACAGAAGAAACUCGUCGACCAUCUUUGGCCACAUCUGUUUCUGGAUCUUCGACAUCUGGAAUUGCGAAACGUGCGGCCGCAGAUGACCAUACGAUGGAUGGAUCAGAUGCAUCUGGCGCCAGAAGAAAAGGAAAAGUAGCCAGUGAUAGGUCUGGACCUUAUAGUCCUUUGGACAAGAUAGACGAAUUGGCGCAUGCUGGCGAUCGCUCAGGCAUUAGCAGUGCCAUGGAAGAGGACAAGAAUGGAAGUGGCAGCGGCAGUGCGAGUGGGAGUGGCAGUGGAAGUGGUAAUGGAAGCAGGAGUGGAAGUGGAAGUAGGAGCAGAAGCGAAUCAUACAGUGGGAAUCAGUCCACACCUGCAACUUCCUUCUCUGCUUCAUCAUCCGAAUUUACAAAAUCACCUGCAGAAGAUGGAUAUAUACUUCCCAAUACAGGAUCCCCUUCGACAAUGUCACCAGAGGCUGGCCCAUCAUCUCGGCCAGGUCCAAGAAUCACAUAUGUUAAUCCAUCUCAAAUACCUACAUCAUCAUUCCCCUUUGUGCCUACUUCAUUUGGAGCGAGUUCAUCCACACCGACGAAUUACUCAACAAGCUUUCAUCCGUCAUUUGCAGCAGGUCCAGUGCCCCAGAUGUUGCUCAAUACUCAUCCUGAUCCACCACCCUACACUCUGGUCACCUUUGGAGCAGGUGUCAACUCAAAAGCGCUUGAUGCAGCUACGUCAGCCUCUCAAUACGGUGCAUUCGCCGUUCCUUCUUCUGCGUUCCCAGUCGGGUCAGGUCAAUUUAUCUCGGGUGGUUUCGGUUUCAUAGGUCGAAAACACGGUAUGGCAAUGGAUAAUGUCAAUGAAGUUGAAAUGGUCCUGUCAGAUGGCAGAAUAGUCUGGGUCGGGCAAAAUGGUCAAAAAGGUGGUGAUUGGAAAGAUGACGAAGAUCCCGAAGAAGUUUGGUGGGCUGUCAGAGGAGCCGGUGCGAUCUUAGGUGUUAUCACUAGGUUUAGAGUCAAAGCGUAUUAUCUUCCCAGUGUUUUCGCAGGCAAUCUGAUCUAUCUCUUUGAUCGAGACAAGACGCCUUCACUUCUCCGACAUGUUCGAGAUUGCAUCAAAGGUUCGCCUAGAACCGUGUACACCAAUAUCAUCAUGACUGCUGGUCCUCCCGGUGCUCCUGCCAUCGUUAUCCUUCAAUUAUGUUUCUCCGGUUCAAGAGCUGAGGGCGAAAUGUACAUUCAAGCCAUUAGCGCGUGGGAAGGUGGUAGAUCCAUGUUCCAAGACUUUUCAGAGCGAACCUUUGAGAGACAACAGGGAGCUAUUGAGGAAAUUCUCAAAGGUGGUCACGGUAGAAAAUGGUUCAUCAAAAGUGACAUGCUCACAUCCUUAUCGGAUGAAGUCAUUGACGAAACCUGUUCACGAUUCCACUCGGUACCGGACGGAUGUACUUGGCUAUUCGAGUACACCGGAGGAGGGGCAAUCGCCGAUGUCAGAGAUUCAUGUUUCCCACUGUCACAUCGAGAAUCUGCAUUUACAGUAGCUGCACUGCAUCAAUGGUCUCACACUGAGGCACCUGUUGAAGACACGCGGUGUGUCACUACAGCUGAAGAUUGGAUAAAUGAAGUCAUACACCCCAAUUCACCUGGUGGACCUUUACCAUGUUUCCUGCAAUCAUCAACUUCGUCAUCUGUCGCAGCCGUAUAUGGCGAAUCUUACCCUAGAUUAAGAAACCUGAAGAAAAGGUUAGAUCCAACUAAUUUCUUCUGUCAUACGAUGUGGCCACAAAACUUCAGGGAGGAAGAUGGUAUCGACGGUUUGGGCGAAGAUAUAAAAGAAGGUAAAAUCGACGGUAUCAAUGAAGAAGAUAUUGAUUCGGAUGGCAAUAUGGCCAAAGAAGAUUUGAUCGAUAAAACUCAAGUUUCUAAAGAUAAAGGUAAAUCAAGAGUCUUAUAG